UUGGAAGAUAUUAAAACAGGAGAGAAGCGAAGACGAACGGAGGAUUCGUGGGAGCUCCAAUCAUUUCCUUCGGAUCGUCGUCGUCAUCGACUCCAGCCGCCAGCCUCCCUGGGAUUCCGAAUCUCUUUGCUUUUCCUGACAUUUUGGCUAUCCAGGGAUCUCCCAUCUCCAUCUGCAGCUGAGAUAUUUGAAACACCAAUUCUUGACAUCUUAUGGAAGCAUGCAGGCUUCUAUGGCUCAAUAGAGAUUGUAUUCUUCAGUCAGUUUAAUUGCCAAGAAUUAUUGGAUGACAAAUUAUCGUGCGCAAGCCCAUCCCCCCAUGUUCAAAGAGAAUUAAUCAAUUCAUCCUCCCCCGAGAAGGGCCUUCCUUUUUGCCUCAAAAAAUUAUGUCCAGAAUCUGAACCAGGAAGCUCUCUCUCUAAUGAGUCUCACACUCAACAUUUUGAGCAUGCGUUUUCUGGUUCUUCUACAUUUUGUGCUAGCCUAUAUUCGUCGUCUUCAACAAGCUCUGAAUCCUAUCGGCAGCUCGGUAAUUUGCCCUUCCUUCCUCAUCCUCAGAAAUGCAAGCUGGAAAAUUCAGUUGUUCAAUCUUUGAAUUCUCCUCUGCUUCAUGUUGGAGAUACAAGUAAUGUACAUAAUGAAGAUGAACACUCUGAUGACCUGAUGAAGGAUUUUCUUAAUCUGUCUGGAGAUGCUUCAGAUAGUAGUUUUCAUGGAGAGAAUUAUGACAACAACAGCAUAGCACUUGGCGAGCAGAUGGAAUUACAGAUGUUGUCUGAACAACUUGGCAUAGCUAUCACAGACAAUGGGGAAAGCCCGCGGCUGGACGAUAUUUAUGAGACACUGGCCCCAUCUGUUCCACUUUCCUCUAAUUGCAACCAGACUUCUCAACCAUUAACACCUCCUGCUAAAGUUCAAUUACAUUCCAAAUCCUCCACAUCUACGACUGCAGCUGCAAAUAAACCGAGAUUAAGAUGGACCUUGGAUCUCCAUGAGCGGUUUGUAGAAGCUGUAAACAAGCUUGAUGGGGCCGAAAAGGCAACUCCAAAGGGUGUUUUAAAGCUUAUGAAUGUUGAGGGUUUGACCAUAUAUCAUGUAAAGAGUCACUUGCAGAAAUACCGACUUGCCAAGUAUCUCCCAGAGGCGCAAGAAGACAAAAAAGCUUCCUCUUCUGAAGAUAAAAAGGCACCAACAAUUAGUCAUGAAAGUGAUCUAGGCAACAAAAGGAGCACACAAGUGAUAGAGGCUCUACGGAUGCAAAUAGAGGUUCAAAAACAGCUACAUGAACAACUUGAGGUACAAAGGGCACUUCAGUUACGCAUAGAGGAACAUGCAGGGUAUUUGCAAAAGAUUCUGGAGGAGCAACAAAAAGCCAGCAAUACCUUUGUAUUCUCCAUGGAAAUGCCAGACACAGAAAUGCAGCUAGAAUCUCCUCAUCAUUCCUCGCCACAUCAAGCUGAAUCAAAAGUUGAUUCCAUCUGUCCACCUAGCUCUUCCAACUCAAAGCAUAAAGGCACUGAUUCAGAUACUGACUCCAAGCCCCUAGAAGAUCAUAAAAGGGCAAGGCUUGAAGUUGAGUGAGAAAUAACUUCCUUAGGUUCAUAGCUGGGAUUCCAUGCCAUGACAACUUGCUGCCGCACCACAUAUGUACCUUGUUUAAGUAUUGCAAUGCUAUUUUUAUGCUUAUUUCUUUCUACACUUUAAGGGGCCUAGCAGGGUUCUUAUUUCUAGUCUAUGUUGAUAGCUGUCAUGUGGAAAGUACAAUUCAAAACCUAAGGCCCCUUAAAUUGCUAAUUAUUUUGCAUCCAUGGAGUUCUGUCCUAGAAUAAUCUGAUGAGUGGGUUUUAUGUGGUCAUUAUCAUUGUAUCUGUCGAUUUUCUUCUCCCGCGAGGUUUGAAGUUUCAAGGAAAUAUAUUCAUCAUCUUAGCAGGCA